UCACUAUUCAUGAAGCCGCUUUAAGAGUGGGCAUUAGCUUUGGAAGUGCUCCAGCAAUCAUCAAAAAGCAUCUUGGCUGCAAUAAAAUCUGUGCUCGUGGGUGCCGAAGAUCAAAAAACAUUCAACUGCAAACCAGUAGGAAACAUCUGAAUCGAUUUCGGCGGGAGGGAGACUUUGUUUAAUCAAAUCGUGACGUUUGAUGCAACAUGGGUGCAUCAUUACACUCGCGAGUCCAAGAAGGCGAGUAAAGAAUGGCAAAGGAAAGACGAAACUGGUCCUAUGAAAGCCAAAACCCAUCUCUCAGUAGCUUUCGAGUUGGCUUUACAACAGUGAGUGCAAUCGUAACCGAAGUCUGUGAAGCGAUAUGCAGACAUAUGGAGCAUAUAUAUUUACCAGAACCAACAGAGAAUAUAUGGAAAAAAUGUGCUGAAGAAUUUGAAAAUAGAUGGGGAUUUCCCAAUUGCAUUGGCAGCGUGGACGGUAAACAUGUAACAAUCAAGAGACCUAACAAAAGUGGCUCCAAUUACUGGUGCUAUUUACAUAAAUAUUCAAUAGUACUUAUGGCCAUUGUUGGCCCGGACUAUAAAUUUAUAUGUGUUGAUAUUGGUGGUUUCGGAAAAAAUAGUGAUGGGGGUAUUUUCGAAACCUCAAACAUGGGAAAACGAUUUGAACAAAAUUUAAUGAGUGUGCCUGCACCUAGAUUUCUCCCUGGGCAAAAUGAAAUCUGCUCGUACGUCUUAAUUGGUGAUGAAGCAUUUGCUUUAGAACCAUACCUUAUGAGACCAUUUCCUUAUAAGCAGACUUUAACAGUCGUCAGAAAAGAGAAAUACAAUGUAAGACUUUGUCGAGCUAGAAGGGUCGUGGAAAAUGCGUUUGGUAUUUUGUGUCAAAAAUGGCGAAUAUUUUACAGGCCGUUAGAAACUAAAGUAGAUACUACUAUUCUAAUUAUGGCUCGUCACAGACCUACUACACUAACAGCAAUGUUAUUAGUGCUUCCAGUUCACCGUCAUCCAGUUUUCGCUAUUGACAAGAAGGCAAGGAGAUAGAGACGAUGUCCAACUGAAAUCGCGACUGGAUUCAUUCGUUGCCAAAACAACAUGUAGCGAGAAGAAAAAAUUGAUAUCCAAGUAGCACGUUUUGUUUAUGCCACAAACUGUGCUUUUAGAUCAGUUGAACACCCCGAGUUUAAGCGGCUAAUGGAAAUGUUGCAUCCAGGAUAUCAGCCACCUAAUCGUCAGCAUUGCGUCCAGGAUAUCAGCCACCUAAUCGUCAGCAAAUCGGAAACGAACUUCUUAGUAACGUAUACACAACUUUACAAGUAGAAAUAAAAAAGGAAUUAGGUAAUAAAUCAGUCUGCAAGUGUGUUAAUGGUUGGAUCAAUAUUAGAAAUGAUUCAGUAGUGUGUGUGUCCGUAAAUGAUAUUCAAGAAUCUAAAGUAUAUCUAAUUGACACUGAAGACAAAAGUCAUACUUCUAAAUACUUGUUAAAUUUAUUAGUGGAGUCUAUAAGGCGUUGUUACACAGAUUAUAAUUGUACUGCCAGAAGUUUUGUCAUAGAUAAUGCUGCAAAUAUGACUGAGAUGCGUGCCGAACUAGCAAAAUGCGAUGGAGCAGGUCUAGCUGAUAUACUUACUUAUGGGUGUUCUGCACACAUUUUAAAUUUAUUUGCACAAGAUAUUCAGGUGCACACUUUGAAAGAACACAUAAAGAAGGUAAUAAAGUACUUUAGAAAUGUACCUUUCGCAGCAGGCAAAUAUAAAAUAUCUGGUGGAAAAGCUCUCGUGAUGCCACAAGAUGUUAGAUGGAACACUUUAGCUGACCCUAUUGAAUCUUAUCUACGAGCCCCUUCCCACUUCAGUUGGACCAACUAUUGAAAUCUUAGUUUUUUUCUUAUCAAACACAAAUAAUAAAAAUGUAGCAGGGUGUUAUAGGUUUAAAAUAUUAACAAUGAAUAUUUUGAUAAUAUAUAGUAGAAAACACCAACUUUAUCACUAAUAUUGUUAGAAGAUAUAAAGUAACUGGUUCAGUUAAUAUUAAGCCACGAUAUGUGAAAAAAAGUAAUAUGACAAAUGCCGACCGAAGAGCAUUAAGAAUGCUGCGGUAAAACUUCUUUGAAGAAAGGAGCAGACUCACUGAGAUCAAAUGUUGUGCUAAAGUUAUUGGAAAAUGUGUCGAGCCCAACACAACGUGUAUAUUUCGAUAAUUAUUUUACAACAAUUCAACUCAUGAAAGUUCUGCGAGAGAACAGAUUUCGAGCUACAGCUACCAUAAGGGACAACAGAUUGAAAAAGUGCACUGUAGACUCGGCCAAAACUAUGGCCAAAUAUGAUCGAGGUACUUAUGAUUUUAGGUUUGAACAACAAAAUGAACAAUUAUUAGUCCAUUGGGUCGUUGUAUCAAUUAUUACCAACUAUGAUAAAAUAGAGACCAUCAAGCUCAUAGGUGGUCAAAAGCAAAAAAGGUACCGGUUCAAAUUCAGCAGCUGAACUUAUACAGAAAUUACAACAGCCAUAUGGGAGGAGUUGACCUUAGUGACCACUCUGUAAAUACGUACAGAGUUGGAAUUCGCAGAAAGAAAUAGUGGUGGGUUUUGUUCACAUAUAUGUUGGACUUAGCUAUGACCAAUGCCUGGAAAAUAUCUCUCAUACAAUCUGAAGAAACAGAAAAUAGUAAGCUAACGCAACUUCAAUUUACAAGAUAUGUUGUUCGGCACUACCUACGAAACGACAAGGAAAACCAUGGACUGAGGCCUGCAUCACUUCCAGAUAGUAUUGCGCAAGAUAAAUUCGGACAUUUUCCUGCGAAGCUAGAGAAGCAUUUACCAUGUGCAGUAUGCCAUUCAAGGGUUCGUUGGAGUUGCAAGAAGUGUAAAAUAACACUAUGUAUUGAACGUGCAUGCUUCAAGUUACAUCAUGCAAAAUAAAUGAUUUCACCAAUUGUACUCAAAUGAGUACAGAUAUUUUUAUGGAAAAAAUAAUGAAAUAUAA